CCAAGAUCUAGAAUAUCGACCCAUUACUGUCGUUGGAAAAUUUUUCGCAUCGCUACCGUUUCAAGUGCUCUGCUGUAAAACUUAUUUAUUAAUAACUCCUAAUCCGUUUGGCGGCAGAACUAGUGCUCAGUUACGAUAUGAAUUGUAGAGUGAAGAUUGCAUUGCUAUUUGGAUUAGUACUGAACAGUGCUAGCGCUCACUAUAGUGGUCCGUUUCUGUUCUGGGGAGUGGACGAUUUGAAAGGCAUCGAAGUGUCCGCUCUGGAAGAGUUGGAUGAUAAAUUUCUGCGAGACUUGUACUCGAAUGCUGCCGCGGUGGUGGUGUUUCUACGGAAUGGAACAGCCAAACUGAAUGACGAUAAUUUCCCCAGCUUCCGAAGGAUCAUCGAGAAGCACCAGUACGUGUACAGUCCGCAGCAGGGGCUGAGUUCGAACCCGAUGGAUUAUAAUGUCAAUGCUGAGAUUAUAAACCUGGUCGGAUCGCCAGCCCAACAGGACGUAGAACUAUCCGCACUGUACCGCGACUCGGUUGCCAACUACGGUGACCACAAGGUGCUGGGAAUUCUGGCCAACAGAUGGGACGAGCCGCACCAUGUACUGUACAAGCGUGAAGCCAAAGCGGAUGAGUCGGUAACGAGCACUACGACGCCGGCGGGACCCACAGACGAGCCCGAAAUUGACGAUGCUAUUUAUAACGUGCCCGGAAAGGCUCUGAUUUACAUCACCUCGGCUCCGAUUCUGUCGAUGAACAGUACCGACGAUGAGUACGUGCUGAACAAGCAUACUGUUGCGACGUAUGAUGCAAGGGAGCGCGAAAGCAAACUGAUCGUUACGUUCAAAGUGGAGGAUACGACUAAGCUAACUCUUAAGUUCCGUUUUGAGAUGGAUUCCGGUUAUUGGAUGAUGCCGAAAGUUGAUGUCUUUUUGAUCGAUACCAAGAGCAAGGAUGGUAGCAAGAGCGUCGACACCACGCUGGAAAUCGAUGGUGAUGCUCCGUAUGCACCAAUCGGCUUCUCCUAUUCCUGUUCAAGGCAACUUGUGUUCCGCAAUGGUUCAACGGUACUGACUUUGGAGAAUAUUCAGGUUCAACCAGCGCUCGAGGGAAGUACCAAGUUCGGUAGCGCCUGGGACUGCAUCGGAUUUACCACCGGCCCGAUUUGGUCCGGUUUGUUCAUAACGACGUUCAUGGCGGUCGGCUUAUCGAUCGCCAUCUGCGCAAUACUGGAUAUAAAACCACCGAACCGGUUCGAGUCCCGUACAGGAAAGCAACUGACAUUCACCGUUCAAGAGUAAGUGGUCAAACAGUUCACACCGUAUACACCGUAUAUACUGUCCACGAGGCCUGGUGACACCAUGAAGACCGGGCCCGGCACUAAGAUCGGUCACAAACCUAGGCAAUAACUCUCCCAUCUCCAGCUUUCGCUAUCUUCCAGUUUGCAUCUUUUGUGGACUGACAAUCUAAUGAAGCAUGGCCGGAUUAAACUGCACAACAACAGCAGCGUGUGGCAGUCAACCUUUAAAGCAUAAAACGAGCAGAGAAAAUAGCAAAUAAAAAUAGCCAUUAAGUCAGGAGUUAAUCAUCACUUGAACCUACUGAGCCAACAUUGCGUAGAACGAUUAAUAAAGCAAAAGACAAACUGCACUUUCCUCCUCGGUUUUCCAAUCUGAAGAAACGCAUAUCCAAAAGACGUAUUUAUACGGCGUUGUAUGCAAGUUCAAGGCAUCAGCGAAAACGGCUGCUUUUUUAUCUCGAUGUUAUACGCCUCUUAUUACGGUGGUUCAUUUGCAAACUGUCGUCAUUCCGUUUGAUGUCCGGUGAGUGAAACUUAAUCGAUACUAAAGUUCAACGUUUUAUUAUUACUUACUAAUGUUCCGUUUUGUACGCAUUUAAGAGCUUUUAUCCUAAGCCGUGUGUAAGCCGUAAAGUUAGGUGUGUUUAAGUAGAUCCGUAUCAUAUUUCCCCGAAUAAGAUAACGAUUUUGUUUUGAGUUAAUCCACACGGAAAGUGCAGAAUACGAAGUGUAUAAAUGUAGGUAUGUAUUAACUUUUGCACAUAUCUUACCACCAAAAACUGACAGUUGUAUAGUUAAUCAAAUAAUAAAUUGGAAUUCGAGAAAUGACAAA